AUGACGACGCAGGAGGAGGUGGAGGAGAGGGUGUUAGCGACGGCGCAGCAGAUAGUGAAGAACCUCGGCACCUCCUCGGACAUGAAGGAGGACAUGAUCUUCAUUCUUUCCAACUUCGAUAAUCGAUUUUCCAACAUCACAGACCUCUUCUCCAGCAGCGGCGGCGACCGGCUGGAAGGUCGCCUCGAUACGGCCGAAAAGGUAAUCUCCCAGUGGGGGUGUUCCUCCACCUUGGGUUCGGGGCGUGAUUUCAUCCCCUGGGAGGAUUUACCCGACGUCGCCGCUGAGUACCUUGCCGCCGUCGACGACGUUAUCGCGAUAACGGAGGAGGCAGAAGGGAAUCAGGGGGGUGGACAGCCCGUUGAUACCCUUGAUCGGGCAGACAGAGUGCUCCAGAUGGCCAUGGAUCGGCUAGAAGAUGAGUUCCGUCACUUUUUGAUCCAGAACACUGUCCCGCUUGAUGCAGCCCGCCUUUAUGGAUCGAUCAGGAGGAUGUCGCUCUCUUUUGCUUCCGACGGUGGAGAGACCAUCGAGGAUCUUGUAACCUCUGAGGAGGAGCUUGACGCUUCAUUGGAGGAUAGGUCUACUGGUGGGAGCCUGUCGAACCUCCUCGAUAUUGAUGUAGUGCGACCUGAGGCUGUCCCUCACCUCAAGAGUAUCGCUGAUCGGAUGAUUCGAUCAAGGUACGAGAGGGAAUGCUGCCAAGCUUACAGUGGUGUCCGGCGUGAUGUCCUGGACGAGUGCCUUGCAACCCUUGGCGUUGAGAGAAUGAGCAUUGAAGAGGUGCAAAGGAUGGAAUGGAAGGAGUUGGAUGAGAAGAUGAAAAAAUGGAUCCAUGCCGUUAAGGUUGUGGCCCAGGCCCUCCUCCUUGGCGAAAGACAGCUCUGUGAUCAGAUAUUUGAAGCGUCCCCAUUGGUUGCAGAUGCCUGUUUCACAGAGACAACCAAAGGGUGUGUGAUGCAGUUGCUUAAUUUUGCAGAGGCUGUAGCAAUCGGGCAACGGUCGCCUGAGAAGCUGUUCAGAAUACUUGAUAUGUACGAUGCACUCUCUAGUGUCAUCCCUGACUUGGAAAUAAGGUUCUCUGAGGAGACAAGGGAGUUUUUAUGUAGUGAAGCAGAUAUAACACUGAAGAGGCUGGGGGAUGCUGCAAAAGGCACGCUUGCUGAGUUUGAGAAUGCCGUUCAGAGAGAGACCUCGCAGAAGCAGCUGCAGUUUGGUGGCAUCCAUCCUCUGACACGUUAUGUGAUGAACUAUGUAAAAUUGCUUGUGGAUUACAGCGGCACACUGAAUGGGUUGAUGAACCAAGAUGGAGAUGCUGGAGAAGAUCCAGCAGUCGAACAUCAUGAUGACAACUCACAUGGGGGGAACAUGUCCCCAUUGGGCUGCCAUGUGCUCUCGACGGUCUCAUAUCUGGAGUCUAAUAUUGCAGAAAAGUCGAAACUGUACGAGGACAGUGGAUUGCAGUAUGUUUUUUUGAUGAAUAAUAUACUUUAUAUGGUUCAGAAAGUGAAGGAUUCUGAUCUUGGGGCUCUGUUGGGAGAUGAGUGGAUCCGUAAGCAUCGAGGUCAGAUACGGCAGUAUGCUAGGAGCUAUCUCAGGGCAUCUUGGACCAAAGUUCUACAUUGUUUGAAGGACGAAGGAAUUGGUUUUAAUAGUAGCUCUGGCAGUGCAUCGAAGGUUGCUCUGAAGGAAAGAUUCAAGAAUUUUAAUUUUGCGUUCGAAGAGGUUUGCAGGAACCAGAUGACUUGGAAGGUCCCAGAUUCACAACUCCGGGAAGAGCUCAGAAUUUCUAUUUCAGAGAUGGUGAUUCCAGCUUAUCGCUCGUUCAUGGGCAGGUUUGGAGGUUUUCUGGAAGGCGGACGGCAUGCUGCAAAAUACAUGAAAUAUACCCCAGAGGAUCUAGAGAGAUAUCUGCUGGACUUGUUUGAAGGCUUGUCUGGACCAUCUAACCACUCAAGGAGAAAACUUAGCUCAUGA